UGUUGUAAGUAUAAAAGGGCUGGUGCUACCCAAGCACAACAUUCACUUUCUCAGUGCGCUUUCACUGGAUUCAACCAUCAUGCGGCGAACACCUACACUUGUGUGCCUAGUUUUAGUGGCUUUCUAUUCCACUAUAAAUAGCGAGGAGUUCAAUUAUGUUCCAUCCAUUGUUGCCGAACAUUCUAUGCCGAUUGGACAUUGCCCACCGUACGACGAUCCCAACCACCUUGUAAUUUUGCCAUAUCCCAACGACUGUCGCAAGUAUUACACAUGCCAAAAAGGACAGGCCUUCGAGCACCAGUGUCCUGAAAACCUGUUCUGGAGCCAAAUUACCUACCGCUGUGACUACAGGGAGUACUCAAAUUGCAAUUCAUUCGAUCCACCGAAACCCAGCAACGAGGUAAGCUACAGUCCAUUCCCCGGAGACUGUAGUCGAUUCUACGAGAAGCGAAUCCUUCAUUGUGAGCAGAACUAUCAGUGGAGUGACCAAUAUCAGCGGUGCGUGGCCCCACAAUAUUCCAAUUGUCAGGGAUUUCCGAUGCCCUAUCCUCCUCCAAACACCAUUUCACCAAUUGAUCCCAUACCAACCGCUGCUACUCCACCAUAUACAUCCUGGACGCCAGCUGAAACUGAAUUCCUACCAAUAGAUCCCCAUGCUUUGUGCAAAAAUAGUGUUUCCAAUGCGUACAUACCGUAUCCCAAUGACUGCCACAAGUUUAUUCAUUGCGGACCAACGGCAACAGUCCUUACAUGUCCAGGCAACUUGUAUUGGAAUCCCAGCAAACUUUCGUGCAGCACAUCCAACUCUGAUUGCCAGUAUCCUCAGUGA